GCGUGUGCGGCAUUGACGGUCUGUUGUCAUCCGGAGCUCCUCCUCCGCCGUCCUCCCACAACAACACUCCGGUGAGCCAGAAGAAGAGCACACAAUGGGGCUGUAAUGUCCGCGACGCCUCGGGUCGGAGCAUCUCCUCGCAACCGCCGGGACCGUGUAUGGAUUUAAUGAUGAUGAAGAAGAAGAAAUUCAAGUUCCGGGUGGAUUUUGAGCUGGACGAGCUGUCGUCGGUCCCCAUUGUCAACGGCGUCCUCUUCUGUAAAGUCAGGCUGUUGGAUGGCGGCUUCUCUGAGGAAUCUUCACGGGAGCCGGUGCAGGCCAACUGCGUCCGAUGGAGGAAACGCUUCUCUUUUCCGUGCAAGAUGAGCGCCAGCGCAGGAACCGGCGUGCUGGACCCCUGCAUGUGUCGCGUGUCGGUCAGGAAGGAGCUCAAGGGCGGAAAAGCGUACGCAAAGCUCGGUUUUGCAGAUCUGAAUUUAGCAGAGUUUGCCGGCUCAGGAAACACAACUCGAAGAUGUCUGCUGGAAGGCUAUGAUACCAAAAAUACCAGGCAGGAUAACUCCAUUCUCAAGGUUAUCAUCGGCACGCAGCUCAUGUCGGGGGAUCCCUGUUUCAAAACGCCUCCAUCCACAGCCACAGUGAUCGGGAUCCAGAGUGACGGAGAGAGCCUGCUGGAGGAGCGGCGGGGCGGAGACUCACAGAAAGGCUUUUCUGGUGAAAGCCGAGAAGGAAAGUGUCCCGUCAUGUCAGACGAUCCGGGAGGCUGUGGCCACUCCCGGACCUCCAGCUACGCCAGCCAGCAGUCCAAACUCUCAGGCUACAGCACCGGUCACUCCCGCUCCUCCAGCAUGUCCGAGUUCAGCCACCGGAGAAACCACUCCGUGGGCAGCGCGUCCACGGGAAUCGGCAGCAUCCCGGAGCCGAGCGAGGAGCGAGAGUCCAAACCCUGUCCGGCCGUGCCGGAGAACCCGGUUCCCACCGCAACCACGGGAAACCCACCGGGCACGCCGGUGCGCAGUUCCUCGUCCUGCGAGCGACUGAACAGACAUCCAAUAAAGCAGGACUCCAUGGAGUCUCAGCUGAAGAGGAUGGAUGACACUCGGGUGGACGCUGAUGAUGUGGUGGAAAAGAUUUUACAAAGCCAAGAUUUUACGCCCAGCUUACUGGACUCCAGUGCAGAAGAGGAAGGCUUGCGUCUGUUUGUCGGGCCGGGAGGAAGCACAGCCCUGGGAAGCCAUCAUCUGCCCACCAGGGUUGGCGCCGGAGCGUACGAACAGGUGGUGAUCAAGCGUUAGCGCGGCGAUGACGGGAUGACCCUGAUCGCACUUUGAACAAAUGGUUUGUUUCUCAGUUCCCACAGCAAACACAACACCCUUAUUAUCAGCACUGUGUCAAGCCUGAUCACUGAUUUCUGCCAUAACCAUAGCGCCCCCUUGUGUUCAUUGAAGACACUGUAAUUCCCCUGAUACGUUCAGGAGGAAGAAGCGGCAAGAUAUCAUCUCAGAUAAACACGCAGAGCUGUAGAUUAAAGAUUUAAAAUGGUUGUUUAUCAAAUCACUCCAAGAAACUGUUAUAUCAUAUUUCAGUUGAUUGUUUUCACUCAGUUCGGGUGUUGGCAGAUCUACAUGUUUAUGCAUUUUUUUUAUUAUUACGUCAAUGAGAGGAGAUUAAUUUCUCUUUGUGCACCUUUAAAGUGAAAAGUGUUUUCGAUACAUUCCUUUCGUCUGCUUGUUUUGGACGUACUUGAGAUAGGACUUUAUCUGGAAGAUUUGCCUGCAGGCAGCUGAAGAGCUGCAGUUGGCACCAAUAACUGUAUUUUACUACAGAAACAUAAGAUGUAAGCUAUUUUAUGUGUGAAUGUGGAGAAAGAGGGGCGACAAUGUGAGACUCCUGUGUUGAAUGAAUGUUGGUGUUUUAUGUAAUUUAAUGUUGAGACUGUCAAAGACAAAAGAGCAAAACUUGAUUUGUUUACCAAAACUGCAUUUUUUAAAAUUAGAUUUUUGUUAUUAUUUUAUGCUUCUAAUCCAUCCAGAAAUUGAACAUCCAAAUUUAUUUGACAAUUAGCAACUUGUUAAUGAAAAUGUUCGGACUUUGCAUCAUUAAAUGAAACUGUAGGUAGAAAUCUGAGGAUUAAUGGCUUGAAUUAAUGAGCAUCUUUGCUUAAAAGCUGUGCUUCAUCAAUCCACACUGACCUGCAGGUCAGGGAAAUUACAACAAAACAACAACAAAACCAAAUGAAAGUUCAUGUCUGACUGUUCAGCUCUUGUGAAUCUGAUGCUUAUGUUGCAGUUUUGUUUGUAAACAAACCGAACGGCAAAAAAUCUCGUAAAGUGAUCCACUGCCAAGAAGAAAACGCUCAAUGAUGCAUUUCUGAGCAACAAUUUAAGAUUCACUCAUAUGGAAGAGGAUUAAGGCCAGCGGAAAUUUUUUUAAAAUAAAAUUCUGACUUUAAACUCACAAUUUAGACUUUUAGAGAAAAAGUCAAAAUUCUGAGAAAAAUGUCAGAAUUCUUAGGGGGCAAAAAUCAAUCGAGGAAAAAAAAAUCAGAAAUCUGAGAUCUAAGUCAGAAUUCUUGAGGAAAAAAGUCAAUUCUGAGAUUAAAUUCAGAAUUCUGAAGAAAAAAAAAAUCUGGAUUUUCUGGGGAAAAAAAGUGUAAUUUAGUUUUUUUCUAGUGGCCCUGUUUGUCUUCCAUACGUCACACACGUCUAUAUUUAAAUAAAUCAUUGUGAAGAAAGCCGACUGCAGCCAGUAACUGAGACCCUCAGCAAGGAGGAUUUAAUAAUCCAUAAAAAUAUAAUUAUUAAAUUAACCUGGAUGUAUCCAAGAAUACAUAGGGAAAGUUGAGUGGAAGGAAAACCUAGGGUAGAAAACUGCACUGUUGAAUGAAUCUGUGUUGAAUUCCUCUGAUUGUAUGAAGACUGUUUAUAUUUUGUUAGGGUUCAAAGUUCAUGAUGUUUCAGAACAAAGUAGGCAAAUAACUCGACGGAGUAUCAACAGAAAAACGGGCUCUGCAGAAUCUUUAAGUUUUGUUUUUCCAUCAGAAGUGACUGCAAAUUGUAGAAUAAAUGUUAAACUCAUUACAGCCAUACUUUGGUGUUUUAACUAGGCCAUUUUCUGACAUGCAUGGUAAUAAUCUUAGUUUUGUGGAAGUUUCCAGUCAAAGCCAGGCGCAUUUCAUCCUCCUUUUCCUCGUUUUAUUGUGCCAUCCAUUUUCACGUUGAAGGAACAAUUGUUAAUUUUUGUUCUCAUAAAAUGUUGUCUGAAGUAAUUCAUAAUUUUUAGUCGUUUUUGAUUUGAAGAUAUCUGAAAAAAGAAGACGAUACUAUCGUUUUUGUUUUCUAAUCUUUGUUGCCAAUGUGACAUUUUUAAUAAAUGUUGUCUGAAAAUAAAGUGUCUUUUUAAUGAGCGAUUUAGUACUAAAUGUUUAAACUUGGAGUGCCAGAUGUCUUAUCGUCUGAAGGUGAUUUUUUUGUCUUUUUGUUCAGAAUAAAGCGUUUACCUGUGUGACGCUCAUCUCGGUACCGAACAUGUUCCAAACAUGGUGCUUUUCUCUUCUGUGAAGCUGUCGUCUAAUUAAAACCGUAAACUGAUCUAUUGUAAGGUGACGUUCUGACACGUUGAGUGUUCUGUUAUGGAUUUGUUUUUUUGUUUUUGUUUUUUGACAAACAACUGCUUCCCUAAUGACUGUACUGAACGGCAAAAUGUCUCCCCAGCACUGCUGAAUAAAACGGUUUCAAACGCCUCGA